GAAAUUUAAAAAGUAUAAAAAAAAAUAAUGGUGUGGAAUUUUACUUGUGUAAACUCGGGAGUUUGACCUAUCUGACUAGCUGUGUGCACUCAUAUCUUCCUUUUGGGGCAACUAAAAAACAUAAGGUUAAAUGUUUUGGUUGGCAGACUACAUUUACGUAUUGCGGUGAGGAUCUCACCUGGUUAAAGUUCAAGGUUUCGUAGGUAUUUCACUAGCGCAUCUGUUAGUGGAACGAUAGUAUUAUCAGUCUCUGUGGAAAACAAAAUGGCAGUUUAUACUCGCAUUCCUGGCUCCGUUGCUGUAAUAACGUUGACUAACCCACCCGUCAAUGCACUCAGCUCCACAGUACGUAAGGCCAUCAGUCAGACAGUAAGCAGAGCUGGUGCUGACUCAGAAGUAAAAGCUGUUGUGCUGUGUGGAGACAACAGGAUGUUUUGUGCUGGGGCGGAUAUCCGGGAGUUCUCGGGGACGAUGUCCGGCCCAGCCCUGGUGCCCCUGAUCGACGAGAUUGAGGGCGGCGAGAAGCCCGUGGUGGCAGCAAUAGAGGGCGUGGCCCUGGGGGGUGGGCUGGAGCUGGCUCUGGGCUGUCAUUACCGCAUCGCUCACUCCGAGGCUCGGGUAGGACUCCCAGAAGUCACGCUGGGUCUUCUUCCGGCUGCAGGGGGCACACAACGCUUGCCCCGGCUCACUGGGAUUCCUGCUGCUCUGGAACUCAUUACUACAGGGCGGCAUGUGUCUGCUCCAGAAGCCCUGAAGCUGGGGAUAGUGGACAAAGUGACCGAUGGGAAUGUCAGAGAGGUGGCAGUGGAGUUUGCCCGCUCAAUAGCCGGCCAUCCCUUGGGCCCUCGGAGGGUGAGCUCAUGGCCGGUUCACUGCCCACCAGACUUGGGUCGUCUGCUGGAGGAAGCUCUGACAAGGAUCAGACAGAGCUCACGAGGGGCCAUGGCGCCCGUGGCCUGUGUGCAGGCCCUGAGGGCAGCAGCAACUCUGUCCUUCACCCAGGGCAUGGAGAUGGAGAAGGCACUGAUGGCCACCCUAUUUAACUCUGGCCAGGCCCGUGCACUGCAGUACCUCCAUUUUGCCCAGAGAGCUGUGGGGAAAUGGAGCAUGCCCAGUGGAGCAUGCUGGCACAACACCAAGCCCAGACCUUUCCACAAGGCAGGUGUCAUAGGGCUAGGAACCAUGGGGAAGGGGAUUGCUGUUUCCCUGAUUAGAGCAGGUAUCUCGGUCAUUGCUGUGGAAAUGGGGGAGAAACAGCUUGAGGUGGGGAGGAAGGCUGUCAAUGCCAUGGUGGAACGAAACGCAAGGAAACUAGGAAAGGCACCAGCAUUGGCGCUCAUCGACUUUACCCUCAACCUCCAGGACCUGUGUGACGCUGACCUGGUGAUUGAAGCCGUCUUUGAGGACAUGAAUCUGAAGAAACAGAUCUUCAGGGAGCUGUCUUCAGUCUGCAGGCCCAGUGCCUUGCUAUGCAGCAACACCUCUGGGCUGGAUAUUGAUGAGAUUGCCUCUGUGACUUGCAGGCCUGAACUGGUGGUUGGAACACAUUUCUUUGCUCCAGCUCAUGUGAUGAAAUUGCUGGAGGUUGUCCGUGGAUCUCGCACCUCCCCUGUGACGGUGGCAACAGCAAUGCAGCUGGGAAAGCAGCUUGACAAGAUUGGAGUCUUGGUGGGCAAUUGCUCAGGUUUUGUAGGAAACCGCAUGUUGAGGCCUUACACAGAGCAAGCAUACUUCCUCCUGGAAGAAGGAGCCAGGCCAGAGCAAGUUGAUCAGGUACUGGAAGAGUUUGGCUUUGCCAUGGGCAUUUUCAAGAUGAGUGACCUUUCAGGACUGGAUGUGGGAUGGAGGGUGCGGAAGGAACUUGGGCUGACAGGUCUCAUACUACCCUCUGGAGCAGCACCACGCAUCCGAUCAGGACACAGGUAUAGCCCUCUCCCAGAUAUCCUGUGUGAGAAAGGGCGGUUUGGCCAGAAGUCAGGUUGGGGCUGGUACUUGUAUGACAAGCCAGGAGGCAGAGUUGCCACACCUGAUCCAUGGCUUGAGACCUUCUUGGAAGAGUACAGAAAUAUACAUGGCAUCCGUGCACGCCGCAUUGACCCCCAGGAGAUCCUGGAGCGUUGUCUCUACUCUCUCAUCAAUGAGGGCUUUUGCAUCUUGGAAGAAGGGAUUGCAGCAAUGCCAGAGGACAUUGAUGCCAUCUAUGUGUUUGGUUACAGUUGGCCAAGACAUAGGGGGGGGCCCAUGUUCUAUGCAAGUAUGGUGGGGCUGCCCAGAGUGCUAGAGAAGCUGGAGCAUUACCAUCAGGCUCACCCUGACGUUCCCCAGCUAGAACCCAGUGGCCUGCUGAGGAAGCUGGUUGCCAGUGGGAGCCCUCCGAUCCAGCAGUGGGGACAGGUGAUCAAGAAACAUAGAAGUCACCUUUAAAAGACGCACCUGUGGAAAAGGUCUCAGCUAUUUGGUUCAUUAUGGGAUAAUGCGGGCACAAUUGAACUACAUUUAGAGAUUCAUAAGAAGCUUAUCUUCUGGGAAAGCCUUCAUGUUCGCUUUAGCCUUUCCUUAAUGACUACAGUAUACUUUACUUUUGUAUUCAGCUACAUUAAACAAUUGCUUGAUUUAUGCUUUGUGGUAAUUGGGGAAUUUACAUUAACCAGUGCACACCGCACCAUUAGCACAGAUUUAAACUCUGUGGUUGUUUUUUUUCAUUUUUAUUGCGUUUCAAAAU